AUGCCUGAAGAAACCGCCAUCGCAGUUGAAUUACUAGGAAGCAUGGAAACCACUAUCAACACGAUCGUAAACAACCUUGGAGCCAAUAGACUCGACAGGAGGAGCUUCCGAAAAUAUCUUGGUGAUUACGCUGAUCGCGCUGCAUCCGAUGGGCGACUCAUCAAUGCUUCGAGGCAAGACCUUCGAUGUGCCAACCGUGGCUUGCUUCUAGCCUACGCUCAUAUGGAUUUGAUAUGCUGGCUGGCGAAAAGCAACUAUACCGUCUCAGCAACGUCCGUCACAUGGUAUAGCUGGAGGAAACUGUUCGCGAAAUACCGCCUGCCCUUACUUGCCGUUACAUCGCAAACGACCCAUUUAACACAUCACUUGCAGAAUAUCGGCAAGUUAGCAGAUCAGGUAUUUUCAGAUCUUGAUGCCAACGAUGUAAAGUCGCUUUUCUCUAAGACUUGUGGCCAUAAACUAACAUGCAGGAAGAUUGCAAUCUCGCCAGAUUCUAUCAAAUACCGCAAAGUCCCACUGGGUCAGCCAAUUGGUUCUCCACCAGAAGGAUCCCAUGACCUUAUUCAUCGGGCCACCCUUGCCCAGAAUAAGCUCUCCCAGUGA